AGUCUUUGCACCUAAGUCAGCUGGAAUGUGUAUUUUUGACUGCCAGGCUGGUGCUGGUUACAGAACCAAUCUUGCCACUUGUUCUAGCUGUCCUAAAGGUCAAUACAACAGAAAAGAGGGGCGGAAUUCAAACACUUGUAAAUUAUGUCCAGCUGGUACUACCAAUUACCAGAGUGGAUCAACAUCUUGUGCUUUUAACAUAUCCCCGAUCCCUGACAACCAUAUUAAUUUGAGAUUUGUUGGUAAGGUUGAGGUAGCUAUAAAUGAGUGUACUGAUACUGACAGCAUCAAUGGAAUAACAAACCAAGUUGAACAAACUGCACGAAAAGUGUUCCAAGAUCGGACAAAUGCACUUUACAAUAGCGAACAAAGAUUCUGUCAUGGCGAUAGCUGUGAUAAUCUUGAUGCUUCUCAAAAUCCAACAUGUGAAGUAAUAACUAGACUAAAGAGAGCUAUAACCCACAGACUUACAAUAUCUUUUGUAUUUUACAAUAUCAGGUUUGUAAUUCUGUUUCAGAAAUAUUUGAGAACAUAUCAUUGUUUUUAG